CUACAAAUAUUCCUUAUAGAGUUAGGUUUGGUUAAUGGGAAAACAUUAUGACGGUAGAUAGCUAGUUAAAAAUUCUGUCGUACAUAUCUUAUCUCUUCUAUUUUUUGACAGAGAAAUAUUAUUUCUUCCAACUAAUUAAAGAAGAGGGAUGACAAAACGUCAUGAAGAUGAUGAAGAGAAUGAUGGCUCAUUGCAUACAUCUAUUACUAUUAGAACAGUGAGGUACAGAGAGUGCCAGAGGAACCAUGCUGCAGGUGUUGGUGGAUACGCGGUUGAUGGUUGCCGGGAGUUCAUGCCCUCUGGUGAGGAAGGAACUCCUGGUGCUCUAAGUUGUGCAGCUUGUGGCUGCCACCGUAAUUUCCGUAGAAGGGAAGUGGAAACUGAAGUUGCCUCAAAUUGCUCCUCCCCGUCUUAAAAGAAUGUUUUACCUUUAUAUAUAUAUAUAUAUAUAUAAAUUUUGGUUGUGUUUUAUGUGUUUAGGAACCAAAGGGAAAGAUUGUUUCUUUUACUUUGAUGUUCCAUUUUAGGCUAACUACUUGUUUAUAUGAGUGAAGUUCAUGGGAAUGUAUGUAUAAUGUACUGAUUUAAAUGGUUGAUAAACCAUAUUAUGUGUUAUAAUUACACAAAUAAGUAGAGCUCUCA